AUGGCGGCCGAGCUGGCAGAGAUGCGCGCGCAGCUCGCGCAGGUGGAGGCGUUGAUACUGGCUGAGCCAGACAAUGCCGAGUACCAGGCGUUGGCGAGCAACAUCAAGCAAUUAAUUGCGUUGCAGUCACAAGUGGCGGGCGUCACCGCUCCUGCAGAUGGCGAUGCUUCGGGUGCCGAUGGCGCCAAGCCCAAGACCGUUGAUGGCUGGACUGUUGGUCAAGAGUGCGAGGCUGUUUGGAGUGAUGAUGGUAAAUACUACAAGGCUGUGAUCACGGCCUUUACAGAUGAUGGCUUGCGAGCCAUGGUGACCUUCCCCGAGUACGAAGACUCUGAUGAAGUCAAGCUGGCAUCGCUGCGGCCGCUGGGCGGGGCUGGUUCGGGACCCUCGGCCAAGACGGGACCCAAGAGCAAGGUCAGCACGGGGGCAGCAGGCGAUGCACCAGUCACGGCCAGCAGUGAGCCCCUCAAGAAGAAGAAAAAGUCGUACGAGGAACGCAAGAAGCACGAGGCCAAGCGCCGUGCCAAAGAAACCGAACUGGAAAAGGCCUACAAUGACAAGGCCAACUCGUGGAAGAACUUUGCCAAAAAGUCUAAGAAGAAAGCUUCGGGUGUUGGUGGAUCAGGCAAGCAUGGCCAAAGUAUAUUCAAGACCCCGGACAGCUACGAUGGCAAGGUGGGCGUGGGAACGUGUGGUAUUGGCGGCAAGGGCAUGACCAGCUUUACGAACCGCGGCAAAUGGCAAUUCGAGAAGGAGUAGAUGAUCCUUCUCGUCCCCCCUUGUUUUCUGGCCGUUUGCUCCUUGCUCGCCGGUGCAAGCCAAAGCAGCACAAAAGCAAAGGGAAAAAAAAAACAGAAAAAAGAAGCCCUCUUCUAAUUGAACCCCCCCCCCC